CACCGCAUGACUUGUGCUGGUCCUUGUACGUAUAAUUUAUACGAAACAGCGGGGAAACCUGCCUUACCUAUUAAUAAUAGACAAACCUUCAGGUCCUUCAGAGACAAAUAUAAAAGGACGAGUGCCAAUGCAUUGACCAUUUCAUCAUACGCUCACUGAGACUCAAGUCCAAGCCCUAGCCAUUGAACAAAGUCGUGCUUGAGACAAUCAUUGACCUAAGACCCAAACAAAUAAAAUAAAAAGAAAAGGAAAGACAAUACCAAAAAACAUCAUGACCAAAGUCGCCAUUUUCCCUGCAUCCGGCAAACUCGGAACAAGCAUCUACACGUAUCUCCUCACAAAAAUUGACCCAAAGGAUCUCAUCCUCAUCUCGCGCAAUCCGGACAAGACCCCAAAGAAAUAUGUCGAUGCGGGCGUGACGCUGCGUCGGGCAGAUUACGAUUUCGCAGAGUCGUUGGAACGUGCAUUCGAUCAUGUUGAUUGCCUCGUGCUCAUUUCUUAUCCCACCCUCGAAGACGAAAUUCGCUUUACGAUCCAAAAACGGACCAUCGACGCCGCACGCCGCAGCUCCGUGUCUCAUAUCUUCUACACCUCCCUCGCCUUUGGCGGGGACUGCACUUCCCAUACCGCCGCGCAUGUGAUGCGAGCCCAUCUCAAGACCGAAAACUAUCUCCACAGUCUUGCCUCAGAUGACACCAGUCCAAAAUUCACGUAUACCUCUAUCCGCGAAGGUCUCUACGCCGAGUCGUGGCCAAUGUAUACCGGCUUCUUCAACAUCAAAGACGAGUCUCAUCCUUCGGACGAAAUACGUAUCCCGCACGACGGGUCCGGGCCCGGAAUCGCAUGGGCGAAACUCGACGAACUGGGCGAAGCCAGCGCGGAGUUGGUCAGGGAGUAUCUUACGACAGGGCGGUCGAAUACACCGUUCCGGUAUACCAACAAAGUGAUGCUGCUGAGCGGACCGAGGGCAUACAGUCUGAAUGAAACCGCAGAGAUACUAGGAAAAAUAAAAGCCGGGGGAGUGAAACAACAAGUGCGAGUAAAAGAAAUCAGUGUAGACGAGUAUGCUGCGACGGAGAUCGUGCGGGAGGAAGUCGGCUCGCAUGCGCCGAAGGGGCGGGAAGCGGGGGAGCCGGCGCGCAAGUGGGCGACGGUGUUUGAAGCGAUACGGAAGGGCGAAACGGAGGUGACGGCGGCGGAGGAGUUGGAGAGGCUGCUGGGACGCAAGCCGACGGGUUUUGAGGAUGUUGUGAGAGAAUCUUUGGUUUGAGCGGGGAAUUAUAUAACAGUCAGUGACUCAGUGGAUUAGGGUUAAUCCCAACGAGCGCACUGCGGUUCUGGUAUUAAAUACUCCAUACUGGCAUUCAAUAAAUCUGGGACAUGACACUACCGUAUCAAUUUAAACAGUGAUGAUAA